CAUGGCUGCUUCUGUAAUUAGGAGGCUUUAUUUAUUUGUCCCUGGGUUUAUCGGGGAGCCGGUUUCAACCCUGUCGGGUUUAUUUUACGGAAUGUUAACCACAAACAGUAAAAGUGCUUACAGACUCAGCAAAAUUUGUCUCAGUCCUAGACUUAAGUAUGGCUCUAAGGCGACGGAUUGCGCACGGGACGAACUGAUAAACAUUCCAGUUGAUCGCCUGACCGUAACCUACAGUCGCAGCAGCGGGCCGGGCGGGCAGCACGUGAAUAAAGUUAACACAAAAGCAGAGGUCCGAUUCCACGUACAAACAGCUGACUGGAUUCCGGCGGAGGUGCGAAACAAAAUCCUUAUUAAGAAUAAAAACCGUAUCAACAAAGCAGGGGAGCUGCUGGUAACUUCAGAGGUUAGCCGCAGUCAACAGAGAAACCUGGAGGACUGCUUGCAGAAAAUUAAUGACAUCAUCUCAAAGGCCAACCAGAAGCCACAGGAGCCAACAGCAGAAGAUGUUGCUCUUCGGCAAGCCAGGCUAGAACACAGGAACCAGGAGAGGCUGAAACAAAAGAAGAUGCAUUCCACAUUAAAACAGAACAGAAGGGUGGAUUUUGAUUAAGGGGAAGACUUCCCUUCCUGAUCGUGAAUGUUUAGUAAAUGCCAUGGAGAAUCAUGAACUUUUCCCUGUUGUUAAAUAAAAUCUGCCAUAAAGAUAUCUUGAAGAAAAAAUGAUCUCAGUCCAGAAUAUUCACAGGCACUGCUGAACAUCUGAGUUGUUUUAGCAACAUUCUCUUUAAAUGUGGGAAGGCACUCAAACACAUUUUGAGAUUUUGGUCUGUUUAGGAUCUAUCUUUAUAACGCAACAAGGGGGAUUUCAAUAGUUUCUUAUUUGCUGGUGUACUUUUUGGUGCUAAGUCUUUCCCUUGUUUUCAUAUUAAACAAAGAGUCAUAUACACAGCACAGC